GUUCAUCAAUGAGAAUGAUGCAAUUAUAAAAGGGGCAUGUCUUUGCAUGUUGUGAGGUUCGGACUUGCAGGACAAAAACCACACUACUAGCCAGAAAUUACAAUGGAAGGAACUUCCAAAAAGGAAAGCUCUGUUGCUGCCCAAGUUCCCUUUCUCCACCUCUGCAACACGCUUGAGAAGAUCCAGAAGUCCAAACUUCGACCAGACAAAGCCAAAUUUCUCAAGGACUUCUUAGAGUCAUGGCGAAAGUUCCACGCUGCCCUCCACAAAGACAACCCCCAAACCACAGACUCCUUCUACCCAGCCAUGCGCCUCAUCGUCCCUCCUUUCGAGAGAGAGAGAAUGGCCUACGGCAUUAAAGAGAGCAUGUUGGCUAAGCUUUACAUCGAUGUUUUGGGCCUACCAAAGAAUGGACCCGAGGCGAACAAGCUGUUGAACUACCGUGCCCCCAGCACGUCUCAGGCAGAGGCGGGAGACUUCGCGGGGAUGGCCUACUUUGUGUUGAAGAAACGCUGCGCGAGCCAGGGCAGCCUCAGCAUCAAAGAGGUCAACGACUUCCUGGACUCGGUGGCCGUGAACAACGCGGGCAAGAACAAGGACUCGGUGAAGAAGAGCCUCCUCCGCCUCAUCACCCAGAGUUCAGCCUUGGAGCAGAAGUGGCUGAUCCGAAUGAUCCUCAAGGACAUGAAGCUGGGCGUCAGCAAGGAGACGGUGCUCCAGGCGUUCCACCCGGACGCCGCCGAGCUGUACAACGUCACCACCGACCUGGACAAGGUGUGCCGUCAGCUCCACAACCCCUCCGUGUCCCUCGUCGACGUCUCCAUCGGCCUCUUCGCUGCGUUUAAGCCCAUGCUGGCGGCGGUGGGCCACAUGCGCCAGGUGGAGAAGCAGAUGGGAAGCGAUCCCUUCUUCAUCGAAACCAAGCUGGACGGAGAACGAAUCCAGCUGCACAAGGACGGGGACGUCUACAAGUACUUCACCAGGAACGCGUUCGAGUACACGCAGCAGUUCGGGGCUUCGCCUCUAGAGGGCUCCCUGACUCCUUACAUUCACAAUGUAUUUAAGGCUCACGUGGUCUCGUGCAUUCUGGAUGGCGAGAUGAUGGCCUACAAUGCCGCGACGGAGACCUUUAUGCAGAAAGGAAGCAAGUUCGACAUCAAGAGGCUCAUGGAGGAUUCGGAGUUGCAGACGUGCUUCUGUGUCUUCGACGUCCUGCUUGUGAACAACCAGAAGCUGGGCAAGGAGACUCUUAAGAAGCGCGACGAUGCCCUGCAGACCAUCUUUACGCCCGUCAAGGGCAGAAUACAGCUGGUGCGCAAAACGCAAGUCACCAGCAUGCAGGAUGUGGUGAACGGCCUCAACGAAGCCAUCGACAACAGGGAGGAGGGGAUCAUGUUGAAGGAUCCCUUGUCCAUCUAUAAGCCUGAUAAAAGAGGCGAAGGCUGGCUCAAGAUAAAGCCCGAGUACGUGGACGGCUUGAUGGAUGAACUCGACCUGCUGAUUGUCGGUGGCUACUGGGGCAAAGGAAGGAGGGGUGGGAUGAUGUCUCAUUUCCUGUGCGCAGUGGCCGAGGCCCCGGGCCUCGGAGAGAAACCCUCCGUCUUCCACACGCUGUGUCGCAUCGGCUCCGGCUACACCAUGAAGGAGCUGUACGAGCUGGGCUUGAAGCUGGCCAAGCACUGGAAGGUCUACCGGAAGAACGACCCCCCCGCGUCCAUCCUGUGCGGCACGGAGAGGCCCGAGGUCUACAUCGAACCCCGCAACUCGGUCAUCAUCCAGGUCAAGGCGGCCGAGAUAGUCGGCAGCGACAUGUACAAGACCAACUGCACGCUCCGUUUCCCCCGCAUCGAGAAGAUCCGGGAGGACAAGGAGUGGCACCAGUGCAUGACCCUGGCCGAGCUGGACCAGUUCCGCGGCAAGGCGUCCGGGAAGCUGGCCUCGCGCCACCUCCGCCUCAGCGCCGACGAGCCCCAACGGAAGAAGCGCAAGCCGGCGGCCAAGCCAAAGAAGACCAUCGGCGUCGUGGACCACUUCAAGUCGGCGGACCUCUCGGCCGUGGCCAAGGAGACGGACAUGUUCGAGGACGUGGAGUUCUGCGUCAUGAGCGGCAGCGCCGAGCACCCCAAGGCGGAGCUGGAGAAAGGCGUGGCCAGGUGCGGCGGUGUCGUGGUGCAGAACCCCGGCCAGGACACCUACUGCGUGAUCGCGGCCGCCGAGAACAUGCGGGUGAAGAACCUGAUCUCCGCCGACCAGCACGAUGUCGUCUGGGCCGCGUGGUUGCUCGAGUGCCUGGACGGGAAGCGGGUGGUGCCGUGGCAACCCCGCCACAUGAUCCACAUGUCCCCCUCCACGAAGGAGCACUUUGCCAAGGAGUACGACCGCUACGGGGACAACUAUUUUGUCGACACCAGCGAGGCGCAGCUCAGGGAGGUGUUUGGGAGGAUCAGUAGCGUGGACACGACCGCCACCUGCUCAGGGCUGGUGGAGCAGCGAUACGGCUGGGACGACCUGCCCACCAGCAUGUUCAGACCCUUCAGGGCCUACGUGGACAGGUACGCCCAAGUUGGAGACCCCAAGACGGCCAUAGCGGCGACAAUCUUGGACAUGCGCGCUCUGGAGUUCCGCUUCCAUGGGGGGACGGUGGUCCAGAAGCUUGAGGAGGGGCUGUCCCAUGUGAUCGUGGCAGGGGAAACCAGGGUGUCGGAGUUGAGAAGGCGAAGAAGGCUCUUCGCCAAGAAGUUCAAGAUGGUGAAGGAAUCGUGGGUUACGGACUCUAUCAAAGCUGGACAUUUGCAGAAUGACAAUGACUACCUGGUGUGAUGGUGACUAUCAAGCUCUGACCGGAAUAUGGAAAGCUUGUGUUAGAGAUUGGAAUGUCAUUUGGAUUUUAGAGUGUAAUUACAGUAGAUGCAUUUUCUACUUUUUAACUGGUUUAGAAGAUCACUGUGUGCCACAUAUUUUUUUAAGGAAGUGAAAUGGUCGUGUUUGAAGUAUAGACGAAAUGAACGAUUGAAACACGAUACAGUAAUUACUCAUGAGGAUUUUAAACUGCUAUACACCUAUCAAAAUGUACCCUGUUCAUAUGCCAGAAGAAAAGAUAGCUAUCUGAGAACACUGCCUUCAUGUGAUACCAGGCAGACAAUUGAAUUUUGAAAUGCAAAGGACAAUUAGAAAGAGAUUAAGUUUGUUCAAUCAUUAUUAAUAAAGAUGAUUAAAUUA